AAACCAUAAGACUGAUAAAAUCCAACCUCAACAAUCUCGAAUUUCGUGUUGUAGAGAAGAAUUUUUCUUAAAUUUCUUUAUCUGUAGUGAUGAACUUUGAAUUCUAAAUAUAAAAAUCUGCCACUUGCUCCUGAGGUUCAACAAUAUCAUUUUAAUGUAUAAAUAAAAUAAUUCAACGAUGUAUAUUAAACAUGGAAAUUGAUUUCGGAACUCCAGAUUCUGAUGAAGGAGUGGAACUAUCGCCCACUGCAAAUGUGUCCUCAAUCGAUUUACUGGGAUAUGCAUUGGAGGAGGAAAAGAGCAUACCAUUGUUUUCGGAAGCAGAAACAGUUUACAUAUUACUACCUAAAGAUGUUGCUGUAUCUCGAGCAUCUAGAUUUCAAUGGUUGCUUGACCAUCUUAACACUGUGGUGUCGGUACCGUCCCGUCUUAAGUUGGAUGUGGCAUCUCCAAAUUUGGAAGUUAUUUCCGUUGUGCCAAAGAAAGGUGAAGCUGCGUGUACAAAUAAGUAUUUAAUAACAACUAAAACAUCAGUUAAGUUCCUCGCAUAUUCCUAUUGCUUUGUAUAUUGCGUAGAUAUGAGCCCUUCACAAUCUGCUGUCGAUAUUCAAAAAGGUGAAAUUUUGUUCGACGAAAUUGUGCAAUGUAUUAAAGCAACGGUAGAGGGUUUAUGUCGACAGUUCACAAUACCUGGAAAUUCUCUAGUUUUUCAACCUAGUGUAUACCUUACAGUAAUUGUAAAUACUCCGUUUUUUAUGAGCCCUGCCCAGCAAGUUUUAGUCGAGGGCGUUCAAAUAACAGCUAAAAAUGUGCACGAGAUUAUAAAUUUAAUCGAGGGGCAGUUUCAUUUUUUAGAAGAACGUAUAGCACAAGUUUCAGCUAUUGCUCAUGACGAAAUUGAGUUGCAGCAGAGUGAACGUGAACAUAUCUCGAGCAGCGUGUUUUAUAUUAAUGAAUGUGGGGAAAAUGUGUCAAAUAUUCCAAUAGUCCUACCCGAUGUUAAUUUUGUAAAUAUGUUAAGAUACUCAAUGUUAGCUAUCUCUCUGCUUCCAGAAAAUAGCUUAAGUAAUAUUCUAGUCGUAACCGAUGGGGUUGUUGCAAUGCCAGAUAGUAACAUCAUGGAGUCAUUGCUAAUGCAGUUGCAUUACGAUAGCAUUUCUGUUUCUUUUUUAAAAGUAGGGUCGUCAUUUCAUCCUCAAACUAGCGCUGGUUACAUUUCGUACACAGAUUUGCUGCAUUUUAUAUCGCAGGCUACUUUGGGAAGUUGUUUGGAAGAUUUCCCUUUUGUGAAAUUGGAACCAUCUUUAUUAAUGAACAAGUAUCAAGAAUCAUUUUUGUUGUGGUCAUUUCAGAACAAAAUUAAUUAUGACAACAUUUUAGCGACGCAAAGUAGACCAAUACAUUCAAACGAUAUUUUUGACAAAAGAUUCCCCAUUUUAUUAUGUAAAAGACAAACUGAAGAAAAUAUUAACGCAUCGACCGAUCUUCUGGUAUCGAGACGGAUGAGGGAGGGUUACAACGUUGACAGUGUCAAUUAUAAUGACAAUUUUUUACAUAUAAGUCUCAGUCUGCAUUGGAAAGCUUUAAUUUAUAUUCAAUAUCACAUGUACUAUCAGUGGCCUCUUAUUAAAAAUAUAGUGCGUGUCGAAAUCCACAUUUUAGCUCCUUACGAAUUUCUUCAUGAUAUUACGUGCGUGAUGAGAAAGGAGCUUAAAUCAUCUUAUAGGCAAGCGGUUAUUGAACGCUUUUGGUUACGAAUAAGUCAGUUGUCAAAGGGCGAUUCUUUUUUGGCUCAACAAUUAAGUUUCAUGCCGAAUUCUUCUGUUUGGUAUAUGCUACCAGAAAGUGUGAAGAGUGGUAUCCCUGUGUUUAUCCUGCAAGGCAGUGAUCCUACAAAAUUAAUUCUGACUCCAAGUGAUGUUUCAAGUACAAAGUUUGUAUCUUUGUGGCAGUCAAUUUGUCAAAUUGAAACCAGUAAUUGGAGGAAGUGGUUUCAUACGUAUAAAUUAUCGGUAGCUUUAAAGUACGACCAUCCAUUACCUAAACAUUUACAUUUAGCAAAUUCAUCUGGGCGAUAUCAGGUGAUACAGUGUCGGCAGGCAGCAUCUUCACUUUACAGUUUAUUAUCAGAAUGGGCCUCAUUUGUGCUAAUCGACAAUCAUACUUAUUUAAAACUACUGUUUGAGGAACCUGAUAAACCUCCAGCAUGGUUUUGUUUAGUUCGGAUUACUUCUAAGUUUCCAUGUGCCAUAGUUAACUUAGCUUUCCUCACUAGUACACCCGGUGCUACCAGGCGUAAGAUCUGCGAAGAGUUGCAAUAUGAUUUGAGUUUGCUUUCAUACUCCUCUAGUCCUGUAAAGUCCAAAGAAAAUUUAUGUUGCACUCUACUGAAAAAGCCUUUAGAAAGAGUAUUGAUCAGGUAUGAAAGAAUUCCUACAGACUUCACGACUGUUGUUUUUCCUGAUGGUACACAGCCUUCUUACACCAUGAGAAGUUUCCCACCUUCACCAUUAGCAAGUACUUUAUUUACUACAUUAUCACGUUACCUAUAUCACAAAAGAUGGAUUUGGAGUACAUCGCACGUUAUAAAUCCUAAGUUGGAAUUACCGACAGUGUCCCGCAUUUUAAGUAUACUUACCAGAAUGAGGAUUAAGGAAGGUUUUAGUUUCGCCCAUUCCUCCUCUGGAAUAAUAACAAUGGUUCUCGAGUUAUCUAUGGAACCCGAUUCCACUUGCAUGGUACAGUACGUCCUAUUCCCGCCGCAUAGAGCUUGGCGAGAAGGUGAAUGUGUUAGUGGCUCCGAAGAAGAUGGAGAUGUCGAUAUGGAAUUGGAGUCGGAGCUGCAAAUGGUUACAGAGGUUUGGGUUGAACCACAGUAUGGUACUGUCUCACUUUCCGACAGUCAAACUAACAAUCACUUUAAUCAUAAGCGUUAUUACGAAUUAGCUGAUGUGAUAUACCGAUUGGAUUCAGAGUGCAUAAGCUCACUGCUGACCUUGGAACACUUAAGUUUAAUUUGCCAAAAUAAAACUGCCCAACCUAUGUAUGAAAUUGGAAAACACAAGCAUAGGUCCAGCGUCGCUGGUAGAUAUAAGCGUAGUCCCAAUCAAAAUAGCUUGAGGAAUAGCUUUAUUGAGCGAAUUUGUGAUGUUAAAGAACGUAUCCAACAUGUGCCAUUUAAUUUCGAUCCUAUUAGUAUCUUGUCUUUAUGCCAACAAACGGAGUUACUAUUUUCCAUGUUCAUUGAAAGUAGCGAUAGAGUUGUAGCUCUUAACCAGUAUGACCAUGAAAAAUCCAAUCGACUUCUUUUAGACACGAUUCACGAACAUUUACAGUACCUUCACGAUUACGAAUUUGACGUUACAACGGAAGAAUCCGAAAGGCUGAUGGAACAAAUUAUGUCGCGCCAUAGAAACAAAUUUUCACAUGUAUGCCCGAUUACAAAUAAAGCAUUCAAUACAUCCGAUUUGAUGCUGCAGUGGAAAUGUUAUAUAAAGGGAAUUUCUAAGAUGCACGUAAUUCUGACUUUUGUACCGGCUACGUUGUGCAGUUUAAAAAAAUUGGUUUCUAUCGAAGGCACGUAUACGCCAAGCUUGAAUGAUAGCUCUGAAAGUACCGAGCGCGCUUCUUCAAGGGGUAGUAAUGUUAGUGAUGUACCCAUCAAUGCAUCAAGUACUCUUGUUCUUCCUGUGUAUGUGUUUGAUUGCCCACUGGCAUUGUUAGUUGAAUCGUACAUUAACGACGUUACAAAUACUGUCAUGGUAGACCGUGAUGUUUACGAAGAUCAUCGUUUUAAAUUUGGUUUUCACGUGCAUGAGGAUUCUGUCAGAUUGAAAGGUGACGAAAGUAUGGAGACAAGACAUUAUGAAAUGGAAUCGAAUGAAAGUAAAAACAGCAUAAAGUCGCAUUGCAAAGCUCUCGUACUGACUCACUCCAAGUGUUUCGUGCUCUCACUCUUUGCAACGUUGCAACAUGGUUUUUACGUGCACACAUCGGACGUCCAUUUUGCAAUGGACCAAUGUGACGAAACUGUUCACGAUAUCGAUAUAACAUAUUAUCUUCAGACAAUAUGUGGUCACAUGAAAAGCAAUGAGGUCGGACAAAUCAGCGUCGAGUCAUUACACCAGCCAUUAUUAUGCAACGAACUAAAACCGCUGCAUCAUUUAAUUAAAGAUAGAUUUUCGGAUAUAAUGAACGCUGCGUUUAGCCCAAUUCCCAGUAAUAGAGAGUUUUAUUACUGUCGAAAUCUUGUCGUGGAUAAACAAGUUGCUAAGGUUGAUAGCGAUGAUGAAAUUUCUAUACCACCAUCCGAUGGUGUAGAAUUUAAGUCGGACAAGGAAGCCAGCAGCUCGUCAGAAGUAACCUCUAACUUUAUGAGAUUAGAUAGCACCAAUAGUAUUUUAAUUAAUUCCCUCAUUACACCGUUAUUUAUUCAUUUGAUAUGUACCGUUCGUUAUGGAAGUAACGUCGCCAAUAGCUCUGUCAAAGUUUUGCCUACAUGUCUAGGUGAACUAAUAGAAAAUAUUCACUCGGAUGUCACAUUUUUAGAAAAGUCUAGUUUGCAAAUCACGUUGGAUAUUUUAUGUCUCACUCUUCCUUUAGAUGUCCAGAAUGUCAUUAAUGAUUACUCAACAAGGGGAAUGAGAACAACGUCAUUUUGCUCAGAUGGAUUUCCUCCGAGUGUAGCGAGCACAACUUCGGAGGCAAGCUUCCCUGCCGAAUUUUCAGAUCCCCUCGGUCAUUUACCCGAUCUGCAAAAGCGAGCGAUAUCCAAUUUGAAAGACAAGAUUAAAUGGUUACUAAAGGACGAGAUUGCGACAGCUCUGUUAGAUGUGGAUGAAGUCUCUUCAGAGACACUUAACUUUGUUAUGAAUCAUGUGACUGACAACAUUGGAUGUUCUUCGUGCAUUUUGGAUUGCAUCGAUCUCAACUUUGUCUAUGGCCCUUUGCACAGCUAUGAUAAGUUUGUGCAGGAAUUUUCCAAAAUUAAGAUUCCCUUUUACAAACUGUGCAAAGAAAGGGACAUUUACUAUUUGACCAAAAGCGUCCCGCACGGAAUAUCUCAGGUUGAUAAAUACGCAGUAACCGAAUUUAUUUCGGAAAAUUUUUUAAUCGAUUUAUGCAUCGGGAGCGCAGAAAAACUUCACGCUGCGGGCUCGUUAUCAGUUAAAAGCGAACCGUUCGGCAUCGCCGAAGUAAGUGAAGAUAAUUCGAUAAGGAAUGAGGUGUUUUCCCAACAGAGCGAUACGUCUAGUGUAAACGAAAGCUAUUAUGGGACAGACGGUGGAUAUGAUGAAGAUAUCAGCGAAGAUGAAGAGGAUUAUAGUUGGUUGAUGAGAAUGGACAAAAAAAGAAAGGAUUUGCCGAACUUUUGGUUGAUUAUGUGUGUCGAUAGAGAGAUGGUGAAGAUCUAUUUUCAUUGCAGGUUUUUAGAGUUACCUACUACUCACGUAGGUGUAUAUUUGCAAGUACAGAGAUCCGUUUGUGAUGCGAUAAGAGACUUGUGCAAGCGAGUUAAUCAAUGUCUCCUACUGCAAGCACUUAACGAUACACGAAAUUGUCACCUGUUGUUGGAACCGGACGAUGACUUCAAAGAAUGGCACAAUAACGCAAGUACACCCAUACUGACUGGAAAUUCAUCUUUUUCGAGACUAAAGAGCAUGGAUGAGGCAAGUGAGGAAUCUGACCCGUAUCCUGUGCCUUUAAUAGACGCAUCCUUUAAAUUUUCGGUGGGCUACUUCAGUUGUCCAGUUGUCUGGGAGACUCAGUUUAUUCUCCAUCCUCGAUUAAAAGCGGGUUACGGUAAAUCUGGAUCGUCAAGAGGAGUGCCUGCUUUAAAAACUGUGCUCGAUAAGUUGUCAGUCGUAAACCGUUCGAAUAUGUUUGUGUAUCAAGAUGUGAAGUCCAAUGUUUUUUAUUUGAGGUUACAUGAGAAUGUACAAAAUUUUUGCAAUAAGAGCGUAACUAGAUCAAAUGAAUUUGAAAAUGCGAUCGUUUCACGGAGCCCAUCUAUUGCUUCCUUACCAUUGGGACCACAAAAAAAUACUCUCACCCAAUCCCAACAUAGUAUUGCGUCAUCUAAUAGUAGGGAAUCUGAUAUUAGACCAAGGGUACGGUCGUUUGGAGAGAAAGAAACUAAGGAUAAUUUAAUUGAAGAUACUUUGAUUUUACGAGUUCAUGGAAUUACUGAGGCUGGCGAAGAUAUUCGCUGUGAUCUUGUACAAGUUCUUCAAAACAGACUGGAUGAUGCCAUUCUAGAAUGUCUUUCAAUUAUGUUGGCUCGAAAUGCUAUGUGUCCUUUAACGCCUGAAGAUGUACAUUUCUUACAGAAACCGUUUCGUCCACCAGAAAAUAUUAUAAAGCUUUCCAUUCAAUCGUACGCCAUAAAGUACCUCAACUCGUUCAUUCACUAUCUUCGUCAAAAUUUAUUGCAGUUCUUAAAUAUUCCUAAGUAUUCGGAUAACAGAUCUCAUUACCAUUUUAAGGAUUAUUCGGAAAACGAUUCGAGCAUAAAGCUUUCAGAUAAUAUAUUUAUUUAUAAUCAGAGUCAGAAUCCAGCUUCAGGAAGUAGAGGCAUUGUUUGUAUCGCGCUGGCAAUCAUACCGCGAUCGGAUAAUACACAAAAUGAUGUGGUGGAUUUUGCAGAACUGUUUAAUACAAUGACAUUCGAGGAGCUGGUUCAUACCAAUCAAUAUGCAGACCACGAUAAGCCUUCAUCAACAUAUAUAGAAUUUCGAUUAUGGAAGCAGGGAAGAGUUAAUACAGAUAACCUAACUUAUAAAUUAUGUGAGGCGACGAGACAAUCCAUGUGGGAUAUCCUCACAGAAUACCACUUAUUACAUAGUCCCCUAUGCGAGAAGGAUCUCGACGAUGUAAUUAAUAUGUCUAAAACUCUUCACAAAACAGACGCAACUCCUUUAACAUUUUCGGAAAAGGAAGUUGGGUGUUCUGUUGUCAUCAACACGAAUUUGUUAUCAAACUUUAAAAAGAAAGCACAGCAUAGCGCUGAACCCACGGUAAAUGUGAACGAAACACCAAAAGUACUCAUCUCCCAAAAACACAAAAACUACAUACCUCUGAACUCAACGGCGAGACGCAGCAUUUUGUUUAAUGAUUACAUUGAAAACGCCGAACAUAAAGAUGAGAGAAAAAAAGCUUUAGUUAAAUUUAAUAAUUACGAGUUGGGAAAUGAGGGCGUGAUGACUAAAAUAUGUUCCACAACUUUACACAUGUGGCUAAAUUUUGGAGUAGAUCUCGCCGUCCCCGCUGUGAGAAAAAACGUAAUCACUUUGUCAAACCCUCACAUGAUGAGCACAAUUGUACAAGAAAUUCGAAGUAUUAUCGGUCAAUUAUCCCAGGAGACUGCCAAAGCGUUUACGCCCGUAAACGGUCUGAAUAACGAAGUCUACAUACGUUACAAUGGUUCACAACUGCCCGCAAAAGUGAUUAUAGUAUCUCGAAACUUCGAACAAUGGAGAGCCUGCACAUCCGCAGAAACAGUGGAGGAGUAUUACGAAAUGGCGAAUGUUCAAAAACAAAAACAUGUUCAGAAAUUUAGUCCGGCUGUUGCCGAGGACGCCAGCUUCGUUCCUCGUCAAAAAUUUUUGUGGGCGAUUAUUCAGAGCAACAAGAUUUCUUUUUAUACGUACAACUGGUCAAAAGAUAGCAUUAAUAAGUUGGUAGACUUGGGCCGAAAUGUUGGCUUGUGGUUAAGCACGCGCGCUGCAGUUUUAAGCUCGAUUACUGCUCAAAAAUUGGGCAUCUUUUAUAAUCAAACACUUACAAGAAACUAUUUGUUGGACACUAACAAUCCAUAUUUAAAUUUCAUUGGAGAUGUAGAGUUCAUGAUGAAAUUUUCGAGAGAUUACGGUCGUCGGUUACCUUCCAGUGGAAUAAUGCAACCAAUGGUCACACUGGAAGCAUUCAGAGACAUUUAUCCACAUGUUCAAUGGUGUCAUUCAGAUCCGGUUGUUCUUUUUACGACUGAGGUGCAGGAAAUGAAACGCAGUGAUAAAAAACAUAAAGAUGAACUGAAGAAAUUGCAUUCAAUGUGGCAGUCACGAACAAGUACAUGCACUUCCACUCAAAUACAGAUCUUGAAACAAAACUCAAGGGUCACACAUUUUUGCCACACCCCACUUCUAUUUCUAAAAAAGUGGCGAGUGCAAUCGGCCUCAACUCGCGAUCAUGCUUUACAUUCGUCAACUUUGAAUGGAUCAUUUGGAUCUGAGGAUUCAAAAUCGUCACAGGAGCAUCAGCAUGUGUGGCAUGACAAUUUGUGUCAGUUAUUCAUUAUGGAGUACAAGCGAUAUCUUCAAACAUUUGGUUUCAUUCCUCUACAAAUCGAAAACACAUACAAAAAGCGGGGAUUUUUUAAAAUUGAGCACACAGAGCCUAUAUUUUACGUUCAAAAGGCUAUGCUGGGUGGUAUUCUCAUUUUUAGUAUACACUUAAAAGAACCAUUUUUGAUAACAAAACUCCACGCUAUCGAGUGCAGCAGGCUGCAGUCCAGCAUUUCUCGGACAUCCAUAAAUCAGCUACUGAGUUUCCUGGACGAAUCCGAUCGAAUAAAAAUAGUCAUGCAUUUACAUUCAUUUACGUACGAUUUUCAUUUGAGAUGCAUUCGAAACUACAUAUCAAAUAGCAGUACUGAAGACAAAGUUUGCGAAGGUUAUCAUUUAACACAUUUUCUGGAAGAUUUUAUGAAAUAUUACAAUAAGGCUCCAAAUUUUGCACGUAAUUUAGUUCACGAAGAAACUAUUAGUAUACAUGAUCUCAGUACCGAAAGUAAACAGUUGUAUGACUACCUUUUGAGUAACGUAAAUCAGUAUGGCAUGGAAGCGGUUAGUAUGCAAGGAAACAACUGCGCAUCGAUCGAAUACGUAUUAGUGCAAAUGGGAAACAUUCCACAAACAUCCUAUAAAGAUUCGCAAGACUACCAACACACUGACGAAUUUGAUGUCACUCUAAUAAUAACUCGCGCACAUUCAGAAAGUGAUAUGUCAGACCGUACUCUGCAUUUGAAAUAUUACUUGAUUCUCACUUCACAUAGAGAGGUGUUUCCUAAGUUGGAGAGUGACAGAAGUUUGGGAAAGUUUCGUGCUGUUUCAUCAAUGUUACACCAGCCCUCAAUCAGUGGAAGAGAAAGUCAGGUCGAAGAUGAUAGUGUUAGUAGCGUCGGUUCCCACAGUUCCGUAGUGGAUUCAGAUGUAGAUAACUCUGAAUCUCACAGUCAGAGUUUGCAAGAAGAAGCUAUAACGAAAACCAUCUCUCAGCACACCACUUUUUCUCAUGCCACGAUUAAGCAAGAGUCUGUGAAUUACCUCGGUUAUUAUUCUUCUCACGAGCGAAUGAUGCAGGAAUUAAUAUUAGAACAAUCCUGUAUUGGACAGAAAAAAAUUAGAGAGAUAGUGUCACAAGGAAUGGUGGAUUGUAGGACACACUUGCUUUGGAAUAAGUUGGUGUCGCCACCUGAAUCCACUCAUUUAACGUACAAUGAGUUUAUAGAGUUGAAAAAUCUUGCCACUUUAACGAAUUUGAGUGAUAUUCACUCUAAUCUCAGUUCUCUCUUACACCAACCUUUGAGUUGGUAUCAGGGAUUGUCAAAGCUUUUGCUUACCAAGUAUACUGACCAACAUCGUAUGUUUAUAUCUCCUGAUGGUAACAUACAACAUUAUGUGAUAUUACAUCAUCGUUAUGAUGGAGCUUUUAUGUUGCUUUCUAUGGAUUUGCAUACUUCUAGAGGGGAUUUAUAUGCUGUUUAUCGGACCUCCUCAAAACAUGACGUUUCAGAUAUUUGUUUAAACGAUAGGAAAGCGUUAUUGGACGGUUUUAUUAAUUGUGUAUGUUUUUAUAUUUGGACAAGUUUGUUAUGAACUUUGUAUUGUUUCUGGAAAGAGUACAGCUGAGACCUCAUUUUUUAAAGUACCUAAUGACAGUUGUUUCCAGUGCAUUUACUUUGGAACACUAAGUUUUUGUUUAUCAGUUAUAGUUUUAAAAGUAUUGUUAUUUUGUGUAUAAGUUGCCAUUGUGCCUGAUUAUAACUUUAAAAAGUAUAUUUCUCUAAUAAAUUGAAUUAUUUUUUUCAUA